AUCCCCGUCCCAAACGCAUGCGCAAUGCGGCCGAGCUUACCUUUAAGGGCAAAAAUAAAGAUUUUGUCGUAAAAGUGCUACCGAUUAAAUUACGGCUGUUACAUAAAUGGGAAACAGUUUGUAAGGAAUCACAGAAGUAAUGGCAUCCAGAAAACUUCCGCCGGAGGCUCAGAAAAUUUUCGACAAAUAUUGUCACAACUUCGUCAUGAGACUGAAAAAAGAGGAUGCCAUUAAAAUGUUCACCUCGGACUUCAAACUGAGCGAGAAGCAGGCCGAACUGAUGUUCGACAUUUACGAUAUCGACAAAAAUGGCCAACUCAGCCAGUGGGAAUUUAAACAGUUCUACACAAAUCUCGGAGAAUUUGCGCCCGACCUUUUUGAGGCAUUUGAAAAACUCAAGUCUGGAAGCAAUGAAGAGGGGGAAUUCGAAAAAGCAUGGGACGUGCUAAAAACCGUAAAGAACGCCAGCGGAGAGGUUACCAAAGACGCGGAUUUAGAAAGUUUAAUCAAAGCAGCAGUCGGAGAAGAGAAAAAAAUGGACUUUGGAAAAUUUAUGAAUUUGUUUAGUAGAAUCAAACAAAGCAGAUCAUGAUUCACAACUGAAGAAAAAAAAAUGUGCUUACAUAUAAAAAAAAAAAAAGAGACUAUAUAUUAAAUUAUUUUUAUAAGAAACAGUUACAUGUUGUAAUGAUCAUUUGUUUCUGGACAAGAAACGCUUCAUAAAUUUCCUCAUACAUUCAAGGUUUAGUGAGACAGCUUCGCCAUUUUAUGCAAUCAGCAGUUUCCAUUUAUCGAGUUCCUCUCGCUAAAACAAGGGCGUGUGUUUUAUAUAGGCUCUUGGUUAUCCUUUUGUGAUUUUCAAAUGAAUUUUUUUUUGUUAUUUCUGAAAUAAAGUUUUUUAAAACCUG